AUGAUGAAGACAUGGGUUGGCCUUUUCUUGGCCCUAACGUUCGGCAUCGAUAUCGUCGUGGCUGCGUCAACCCCUGACAUUGCGGCUUACCCACCAUGCGCUGUAAGCUGCAUCGUCAAGGGCCUGCCUCAGUCCCCCUGCACUGGGAUGAAUCAGACUUGUCUCUGCGCAGACCCCGUCUUCAAUGAUGUCGUGGGUGCUUGCCUAAAGACCGGCUGUACGGUAAAGGAGCAGUUGAGUGCUGCGAACUUGACCUGGGUGAACUGCGGCUUCCAGUUGACCGACAACACCAAAUUGCCUCGAUUCCUUACUGGCCUCCUCUUUAUCUUACCAACCGUGUUUAUAAUCAUCCGCCUCGCAAACAAAUGGGUAAACCCGUCGUCAUGGGCCGCUGAUGACCUAGCUAUUCUGCUUGGCUAUGCUCUCACGGUCCCUUUCCUCCCUAUCAUAUACCGAUCAUUGGAAUUGGGUCUCGGAAAAGAUAUCUGGACUCUUCAGCCGGACAAGAUCACCGAGUUUCUCAAGGCAAGUUGCAUCAGCACACACAUCCAGGGAGCCCAUCUCUAUAAGCUUAACCUGAGGUUGAAGAAGAAGAUUGGUGUUAUUCUUAUGUUCAGUGUCGGUCUAUUUCUCACAGCUGUCAGCGCAGUUCGAAUUUCAACCCUCAUACAGUUUGCUACUACAAACAAUAUAACAUCUGAGGCUCUAUGGGUAUACGUGUGGUCUUUCAUUGAGCUGUGCGUCGGCAUAUCUGUCGCCUGUAUGCCGAAUGCAAGCCAGCUGUGGCGGAGUGGAUUGACAAAAGCCAAGGACCUGAGUGCGGCUGCAUCGAGCAAGGAGAGACCUACAUCUGCAACUGAAAUGAUUGCGUCGCCAAAACGGAAGUCUACUUCGCAGGAUAUCUCGUUGGUCUCUACCGCGGAAGCUUUGGUCACGCCGGAUGUUUGA